AUGGCAACUAGAGAUGUCGCCGUGGCCCUCAUCAUUGUCGUGUCGAUCAUAAUCCUUUCAGAUCCUUUGCAUGCGCGGCUUUUCACUAAUGAAACUGAGUGGCGCUGCCCGGAGCACCACAGGACCAGCAUCGAGCAGAGGUAUGAGAACUGGCUUGAUCGGUACGGCAGGAAGAACCGAACUGAUGCUGAACAGCAGUAUCGGUUUGGGAUAUAUCGGGAGAACGUUCAGUUCAUAGACUACGUCAACUCUCUCAACCUGCCGUUCAAGCUAACCGACAACAAGUUCGCAGAGAUGACCAACCGGGAGUUCCGGAAUACCUACUUGGGUUUAAGACAGCGUCCCGGAAUGCAUCAUCAUCUGCUCAAGAAGAUCAAGAAUGAAACUAAUGAGGAUUCCGUAAAUUUGCCCCUCACUGUUGAUUGGAGAAGAAGAGGAGCUGUGACUCCCGUGAAGGAUCAGGGGCAGUGUGGAAGUUGCUGGGCAUUCUCCGCUGUGGCAGCGGUUGAGGGCAUCAACAAGCUCAGGACCGGAUACUUAGUAUCGCUUUCGGAACAAGAGCUCGUGGACUGCGACAGGGACCGGGAAGACAACGGGUGCAAUGGCGGACUAAUGGAGCACGCCUUCUCGUUUAUCACCAGAAACGGAGGGAUAACCACAGAGAGGUACUACCCUUACGUGGGGCGGAACGAUAGGUGCAACGGGGGCAAGGAGAGGAGCCACAUCGUGACCAUCAAGGGGUACCACAAAGUAGCCCCGAACAGCGAGUACAGCUUGAGGGUAGCUGCCUCGAGGCAACCUGUCUCGGUGUCCAUCGAUGCCAGUGGUAUGUUCUUCCAGUUUUAUGAGGGCGGUAUCUUGACGGGGCUAUUCUGCGGGCACAACCUGGACCAUGGGGUCACAGUGGUGGGGUACGGGGUGGAGCGGGGAGCGAAGUACUGGCUCGUCAAGAACUCGUGGAGUGCGAGCUGGGGCGAGCGUGGGUACGUGAGGAUCCAGCGCGACAUCUCCGAUGGGAGGGGGGCGUGCGGGAUCGCAAUGGAUGCCAGCUACCCUUUCAAGUGA